AUGCAACUCUGCUUCGUCUCCAAGUCCGAGUACGGCAGCCCAAACGAUUAUUCCUGCUUGGAGUACCGACGUUCCGGUCUGGAAUGCUCCUCAACGCCGAAUUUGGCCCAAGAUGGUGCUUCCGUGCCGGAAUCCAAGUGCAGCUUUGCGCCGGCUUCCACGGCGAACGCUGCAAGCUUUGCCUGCGUCAAACCAUCAACAAUGGGCCCAUGGAAUGCAGCCGCUCGCCCGUCCGACUUGCCUUGGUGGGCCCAAGAAGCGCGCAAGUUUACCUGA